AUUUGUAUCCCUCUGCCUGUGGCCACCUGCUCCUAGGGGAAGCUGCAGGGAGGAGGAGGGUCUCCGAGAGCCGGGUACUUUCCCAGGUGGGGCCGCAGUUCGGCACUUCCGCCGGCCGGAGGUGGGGGAAGGAGACAAGGCGUACGCUGAAUGCGGCAGGUGUGUGCUCAGGCAGUGCUGGGCCGUGCGGAGGGCCCUCAUCUCCCAACCUGGAGUCAGCUGCCAUGCCUGCCAGCUGCGUGGCCGCGCACUGCGGCAACACCACCACGUCCGGGAAGUCGCUGUUCCGCUUCCCCAAGGACCGGGCUGUGCGGCUGCUGUGGGACCGCUUCGUGCGGGGCCGCCGCGCCGACUGGUACGAGGGCAACGACGGGUCGGUCAUCUGCUCCGACCACUUUGCUCCCGCCUGUUUUGACGUCUCUUCGGUUAUCCGGAAGAACCUGCGCUUCUCCCAGCGCCUGAGGCUCGUGGCGGGCGCCGUGCCCACCCUGCACCGGGUGUCCUCCCCGGCAUCUAAGGGGCAAGAAGAGGGAGACGGAGCGGGCGGCCCCGAGAAAGGAGGAGAGCCCCAGGCAGUCAGGCAGCCCGAGGCUGUCCCGGGGCCAGCCUGCUGUACACUCCUCCGGGCCAGGAAGAGGGCUAAAGCUUCACAGAUUGCACAUGAAAAUCAAGUUAUACAAACACAAGUCCAUGCUGAUAAUCUAUCUAAUGAUGUCACUUCAGUACCUACUCACUGUGAGGAAGGCCCAGUGCACAAAAGUACACAAAUAUCUCUGAAGAGACCCCCUCACUACAGUGUGGGUAUUCAGGCCAAAGUGAAAGUGUUUGGAACACGACUAUGUAAUGCAACUACUCAGACUGAUGAAUUGUGGUCUAGAACGUCCUCUCUCUUUGACUGUUACUCCAGUGACUCAGAAACAGAUGAGGACUGGAAUAUCAAGAGUGAACAGAGUGAUUUGUCUUACAUAGCUGUACAGGUAAAAGAAGAGACCUGUUAGCGCAACAUCAAAUGAUUUGAUGUGCUCUAGGUUUUCAAAUCUUUGCUCACAUAAUUAUCUCUUUGCUCUUGUAAAUCUUUCACCUCAAGAUAACUUGACAGUUGAGUAUGCAGAAUUUGUUUAGCUCUAAGGGAAAAAUUUGCCUGUCUGUCAAGAUAAUAAAGGUAGUCCUGCCCACACCUCCCCACCCCCCACUUUCACCUAUUUUUCUUUUUUCUUUUUAUACUUUUGGUGCAAAUCAAGUCAUAAAAGAAAACCACAGUAGCAGCAUUGCCAGAUCAAGAUUAAGCAUUGACUAUUUAAGCUUAGUUCAGAAGCAACGCUCAUAUGGGACUUACUUGACACUCACGAGUUAGAAUGUCACUGUUCUAAAUAACUUGAAGGUGAAGAGCAUAACUGAGCACAGCUAGGUCUGAUACGACUAAAUGAUUUGAGGGUAGAGCCAGGACAUUUAUCCUUGAUUAUUAUUUUCUAUUAUUUCUAUUAUUUUUUAGUCUGUCCAGUUGUAAUACUAUUACAUCUAUGAAUCAGUCCCUGUGAGCAUUUCUGGUGAAGCUAUGUCAUUUACAGAAAAAUUUCAAAGGGAAUCAAUUUAAAUAGAGAUAGAAUUUCAUAUCCUUAGAUUACCUUUAUAAUGAAAUCCGUUUGCAUCAGUUCCUGUUACAUCAAAUUAAUUAGUUUGAUUAAUUUACAUAGAUGUUAUUAACAUCAUGCAAAAAGAAGUAUUACAUUUCUAACAUAUCCCCAUUUUAGAAAUUAGGUUUUCCACUACCAAUACCACUUUGGGAAAUAAGCAUGUGAAACUUAGCUGCCCCAUCUGCCAUUCACCAGGAAAAUUUCUAUGGCAGUUUUGUACCAUGAAGUAAUUUAUUACAAUAGUUUCUGAGAAACUUAUUAUAACUCUGAUCUUGUAUUGGAAAUAAUAAAAAUAAAUGUCCAUUUUACAUCUCACAUGUCCUGUUAGUUCUGCAUGAUUGGAAGAACUUACAUGGAUUUUAUCCUCAAAGGUUUAAAUAAUACACCAAAGUGAUUUUCUUCCAAAGCUAAUUUCAUGUCUGACUUAAUUUGAACAGUAUAAUUUUAAUUAAAAAAGCAAUAAAAUAAAAUAUUAAUAGAAGUUGUAAGCCUGAACAAUGAUUACGUAAACACAUAGCAUUAUUAUUAUUAUUGCUGGUUUGGCUUGAACUUAAGUUAACUAUUUGAUGUUUUAAGAGAAUGUUAUGUUUUAAAAUUAAGCAUAUAAAUCUUCUGGAACUAAAUGUUAUCGGAGGGGGGUGGGGGGGUAACUGUUUUCCCUUGAGCUCUGAAACAGUGUAUCUCCUUAAUCCAAAUCAUAAUGAAUGUUAUAUGCCCAUUCAUCCCCAAAUUUCACUGCCAUGGGUUUACUUCACUUCUAUAUGUUAAACAACUUUGACAGCCAUAA